AGAAAAGCCUUCACAUAGUUUUUGGGCUUGGCCUUGUAAAACCAUAUUGUAGAAGAAAUGGGAGUGUCUUUCCAUGGCCCGUCAAGAAUACCGUCAUGCUUUUUUGUACUCAUAAUGUUGUGUUUUUUCAAUGGACAGCUUGAAGUCUAUUGCAAGUCCACUAUAGAGCCAUGUGAUGGCUCAGAUACCUGCAAUGCGAUGGUGGGAUACAACCUGCACACUGACCUAAAAAUAUCAGAAGUAGCAUCAAGGUUCAAAGUAGACCCUGUUGCCCCUCUAGGUGUUAAUGGUAUUGAUGUAUCUUAUCCGGAUGUAGAGAACCAGAUACUUCCUACAAAGUACUUUCUUAGGGUGCCUGUCACCUGCAACUGUGUGAAUGGCCUAAGGCAAUGCAGCUCCGUUACCUACAAGGUCAGGGCAUCUGAUACACUUUACAACAUUGCAAACAGUGUGUUUGGAGGGUUGGUUACUGCUGAGCAAGUGAGAGUGGUUAAUUGUAUAAGUGAUCCUAACCUUAUUGACAUGGGGCAGUCGCUGACCAUUCCAUUGCCCUGCAGUUGCUUCAAUGGGACCGACAAUGGAUUGCCUACUAUUUACUUGUCUUAUGUUGUGCAGCCUGAGGAUACGCUUGCUGGGUUAGGGGUUAAGUAUGGGACCACUAUUAUAGAUCUGAUGACUGUUAAUGCAUUAGGGGCAGCUGCUAUCAAGGCUGGGGAUAUCAUCGUUGUUCCUCUUGGAGCAUUACCAGCGCUGAAAGAACUUCCAGCAUCAAUUGGAAAACUUGGGCUGCUGGAAUUUUUAGACAUUUCACUAUGUGAGGACUUGAAAGAACUUCCACAGGAGAUAGGUCAACUCAAGCAAUUGAAAUACUUUGACAUGAGAGAGUGUUCUCGUUUGAGGAGGCUGCCCAAAAGUGUUUGUGAACUAAGCUCUCUGAAACAUGUCAUCUGUGAUGAGAAGAUUAGGCACCUGUGGUUGCAAGUUAAGGCUUCUUUUGUCCCUGAUCUUAGAGUUGAAAUCGUGGAACCACAAUUUACUUUGGAUUGGCUUGAUGAUUGA